AUGGCCGACGUUGCUGUUGAUGUGCCCUCCGCCGCUCCAGUAAUUGCUGACAAAACGGACAUAACUACCGCCCAACAGGAGGUGUUGUUCAAGUCUCUGAUCGCUGAUGGUUUGGUUCAUGGCAUCCACCUAGCGUGCAAAGCUUUGGACAAACGUAAAGGCGUUCUAUGCAUCCUCGCCGAAUCAAUAGAUGUCGACUUGUACAAGAAACUUGUAAUAGCGCUCUGCCAGGAGCAUCAAAUUCCACUUAUCGGUAGUGAUUCACACAUGAAAUUUGGUGAAUGGUCUGGGUUUUGCAAGGUCGGCAAAGAAGGCAAACCACGAAAAGUUAGCGGAUGUACUGUUGUGGUUAUAAGGAUUUCGGGGACGAGACUAUACUUUAGAUUUGUCGAAGCCAAGCAAGCAAAUUCAGCUUGCAUUGGACCAGCACCUUAA